GUGGAGUUUGUGGGUAUGGAAAAGCAAAGAGCAAUGAGAUGGCAAUCCGUGAGAGGCUGCGCCACCCAGCUCCUUGCUUGGAACCACCUAUGGGUAGCCACGUCAUCUAGACAGAUACGGUUAUCUCUUCUUUCGUUCUUCUCUCUCGCCCUUUCCCUUCCAGGACUCUCUCCGUCUCUCUCUCUCUGCUACUGCAAUUUCAAUUUCAAUUUCUGGACGGAGCAGAGUGAGAAGCGGGGGGAAAUGGGCAAGGUUCUGAUUGGAUGGACGGUUGUUCCAUCAUCGUCAUCGCGCAAUAAAAGUGGGUUCUGCUUGUUAAUGCGAAAGGGGAGGCAGCUGCGGCUAUGCCACCGUGAUCUAAUAAUGAUGAUGACAACGCCCGAAUCAAGUUUAAGAUCGAAUUCAAGGUCUCCACUUAGCAUUAAGAACCGGAUGGUGAAUCCCCCCACUUACUCCUCCAGAAUCGCCACUGACAUCCCUCUCCUCGAGUCCCCUGGGGCUUCUUUCGAUCAAUAUUUGGAGGAUAAGCCCAGAGUAUUUAAAGCAAUCUUUCCCGACAAACGAAGAGCCCAUCGACUCAAUGAGGACGUGUGGAGGAUCCAGAUGCUACCCAUACAGUUCCUCUUCCUGAGUGUGUGGCCGGUAAUAGACAUGAGACUGAGAUGCAAAUCCGGAGGGACUGGUUAUCCUCCUGGAGUUCCUCAACAUGUCACAAAGCUUAUCGAACUCGACAUAAUCAGAUGGGAGCUUCAAGGGCUAGAUGACAUUCUCAAGCCCGCUGAAUUUACCCUCGCGGUUAAGGGAACCAUGUACCCCGAUAGACAGGGAACACAAACCCGGCUAAAGGGUCAACUAAAGAUGAGUGUAAGUUUUGUUCUCCCCCCUGUCCUCGCCUUGGUGCCUGAAGAUGUUCGCCAAAGUGUUGCCCAGUCGGUUAGACCUUCGCGCUGAAGAGAUUGGUGGAGAACAUGAAGCAUAGAGUUAAUGGCAGCUUGUUGGCUGACUAUAGUGAGUUUAAGAGGGAGAGACUAAACAAGGCUGUGGUUUGAGAAGAUCUUGUUGAUGCAACAGACUGAAUUGGGAGGAGAACUGACAAGAAAGCGCCUGUAAUAGAGCUAAAGGAAGUCUGCUGCAGCAACCUGUAAUGUAGCGUAUUAUUAGUUCUUGCUGAUGAUGAUCGCUGGUUAGUUAAGUGGUUUUGUAAUCAAUAAUCAAUAAGAGGGAGAAUCUGAAAUUCACUCAGUUUUGGCCCUUUUUAGUAGAAGAAUAUGCAAUUAAUGGAGCGGUUGCUCUUUUGUGUUA